AUGGACUCCAAAGUCACGGCCGCAACCGUCCAGGCCACUGUGCUCAACGCCCUCUCGGGCGUGUUUGCGCAAGCCAUUCUGGCAUAUCGCAGGGGGACAACGGAUGGCAUCGAUCUCUCCUCCAUCCUGCGGUUCAUCGUGUACACGGUGCUCACGACGCCGCCCAAUUAUAGGUGGCAGGAGUUUCUGGAGCGAAUGUUCCCAACCACCACAGAGCCAAAGCAUCACAAGUCCCUCGAUGACGAUUCGAACCAGCCAUCGUCGAAUGCUGUGACAGGGCCUGGCGGCAAGUUGAAUAUUGCCAACACGGCAGCCAAGUUCAUCCUGGAUCAGGCACUCGGGGCGCCCAUCAACACGCUUCUGUUCAUCUGUCUGAUGGGCCAGUUGAGCUCUCAGAGCUACAAUCACAUCGUGAGCAGUGUCAUCAGCGACUUUCGGCCAAUGUUGUUUGCCGGCUAUCGAGUGUGGCCCGUCGUCUGCCUGCUGAACCUGGUUGUCGUUCCGUUUGACCACCGGCAGCUUGUUGGAAGCAUUGCUGGGCUAGGUUGGGGGGUGUUUCUCAGCCUCAACCAGGUCAAAUAG